GCGCUGGCUCUGGAGUGGAAAGAAGGAGCCCACUCCCCCCAGCCUGGCCCGCUCGGCCCAGCCCGCUCGGCUCUAGCCAGGUAAGUGCCCAGAUCCUGCUCUGCCUUCCUGAGGCUCACCAGGAGGGGCCUCACUCUCUUUUAUUCUUUAGAUUCUUCUCUUUAAUGACAUAUUCAUAGUCCCAAGGGAUGAACAGCUGCUCUGCUCCGGCCCACCAGGAUGAAUUGGUUGCAUCCUAUCCCACCCACUGGAGACUUCCGUGGACUGGUGGGUCACAUUCAAAAGGGCCUGGACUCUGCUACAUGCUACUAUCCCCUGGCCUGGGUUGUAACUGCCACAUGCUUGUUCAAUCUUCCCGGGGCAGAUUCUGCCAGGGCUGGUCCCUGGAGAUUCCAGAGGGAAGCUGGUUCGCCUGGUGAUGGCAGCCAGGCUAAGGGAAAGGGGCUCUGGCAGUGCUGCCUUAGACUUCCCCAGAGCUGCAUCAGUGGGGCAACCCCGGCAGAGAGGCCUGGGGACCCUUGCGCUGCUUUAUCACAGGCUGGAUUUUCCUCGCUUGCUCCCCUAAGUCCCAGCUCCCUCUCAGCAGCCAGUAGGGUGGCAGCAGGCACUGUGACAAUCUCUGCACUAGGGAACAGAGAGGGGCCCCUUGCCAUGAGUGGGUGAAUGUCCACAGGGAUGCAAAAGAUCAAACCCCAGCUCUGUGUACCCCUGACUUGUGGGGUGCCAGGCAGCUGGCUCUGUGCCCAUCUCUGCGCUGUGGGCAUGGAAACUCUGGAGGCUGGGGUGCUGCAUGCGGAAAGGUCUGGGUUAUCAGGCCCCCUUCUCCAUCCCCAUGGGGGGCAGGAGCACUCCCCACUCUGCAUGUCUGAGGGGCACUGCCAUUUCCAGUGCUCUGUGAAGCCCUUUGAGGCAGGAGGCCGGUGCUGGCUGGGGAUGGUAACUGAAGUAACACCCCACACGCCUCCCUUGGAUGCCAGGAGGGCAGGACAAGUAAGGACAAGAUCCAGGGAGUUCUUUCUGGAGACUAUUCCCCACCCCUAUAAGACAUCAUGUGGGGUUCUGGCACCAAACUGCCUGUCCAGAAGCUGGGAGGCCCAGAGUCCAGGCCUGCCCUGGCUUUAUAUUGUACCCUGUGGCUUUAGGGCAGCUGAGAAGCUGGUGGGAGGAGGGAGUAGCGGCUGCUCUCAGGCAGGCCGGCCUGGCUUUGUGCUGUCCUGUCUCAGCAGCUCUCUGGUCUCACCCAUAACACUGUUCUCUUGGUGUCUUUCUAGGUUCCCUUUUCCAGCCCAGGCAACAAGAGCGUCCACCUGCCGUGGGGGCUCUGGGCAGGAUAUCAUCGUAUACUGUAAGUUUGCUAUGAGACACUACAGUAUAGAUGAUGUACUAUCCUGAGCUUCACCCCUCAGCCAGGAGCUCUAAUGCAGGUCCAGCCUGGCCAGCUGGGAGCAGUGGCCCAAAGCACUUCUAGCACAGCACAAGUUCCUCCCCCUCCUGCAGAGCACGAGGGGGGGGGCUAAAACCACCCAUGAAGGCCCGGCCCUGCCUGUGGCACCCUCGCCCCUUCAGCCUCUUCCUGCAUUCAGUGCGCUCCUUUUCCCCGGGUUGCAGUGUGGGAUGGAAACAAGCACUAUCUUCCUGCCGCUCUGGGACACCUGCAUGAACAGGCAGCAAGUGGGGAAGCAGCCAACGGGAAAGAAAGGGUUAACAACCAUUCCUCCCGCCAGGCUGGGAGGCACUGCCCUGCUGGGGGGGGGAUUCCACGGAUGCCUGGGCAAGAAGCAGCUUUCAGGGCUGGCGAAGGCACCUGCCAGGAGGCUGAGCCCAUGGAGUGUCAAUGAAACCGUUACCAUUACUGACUUUAGUAAUGGUAACGGUUCUACUGCCGCCCCAGCAUCCGGCCAGCGAGAGCAAGAGGAGCAGCACCCCUUGCCAGGUGCGGAGCAGCACCCCUCCAGGGUGCCAGUCUCUAUGGGAGGCCAGCAAUGAGACCCUCCCACAGCAUCCCCUCAAAGCUGGGGAGGGGCGGGGGGAGAGCUUGGGGUACCCUGUCUGGUGGUCAGAUUCCCUUGGGCCAGACCCCCUCUCCCUAGUCCCUCUGCCAAUCAAUGAGAAAUAAAGGUGUUUCCUUUGAUGUCUGGAUUUCUUUCCCCUAUUUGUAUGAUCCCAGAAAAAAGCCCUCAAAGGCAGGGCCAGCAGUGAUGCUGCCUGUGCCCCUUGUGGGGUGAGGGGCAGGGAGUUUCCCCUCCUGGAGUGGGAACAAGCACACCAGGAGAAACCUGCCCCAGGAGCUCUGUUCUUCUCUCCUAGAACCUGCACCCAGCAUCCCCGUCUGCCAUGGUGCUGGCUACAAGCCUACUGCAAGAACCAGCAAUUCAGGCAAUUAAUUUAGCAGGGUGGGGGGGGGAAAGGAGAGGGUGCUAGGAAAAAAGUCCUCAGCAGUCUGCUCCCCUCUAGGGAGGCUCCCCGCUCCUACCCUCCAGCCCCCUGCUCUUCCAUUCCUGGCCUUCUCGUUCCUUAUCCGGUGCCCCAUUGCGUGUCCUCAGCUUGACGCCUGCCAGGCAGGGGCUCUUGUGUUCUCACCCUGCUCGCUACCUGCUUCCUCUGGGGUUUUGGGUACCUCACUCACCUCUCUGUGCCUUCAUCUGCACCCAGGUGGGAAGACUAUUUCCCCCGCUCCGUGCAGGGUGGUUGUGAGGCUGAGCAGGAUUUCAGGGGUGGGAGAUGGCCAAACCCCUCUGCUGGGCUCCACCUUCAACGAGAGCCGUUCUCUCAAUAAAGAAAGGGGAGGGGAUCCUAUGGGACACUGUCACCUGCUGCCCACCCCACGCUGGCUGCAUGGAUCGCCUGGGUGGCAGGGGCCCUGUUCCCGUUCUUCGAGGUGGUGCUAAGCUGUGGAUGCGCAGUAAAUCACCCCCGUGGGGCAGGAUCAGGCCAGCACAUGGCAACCAGUCCUUGGUCAGACACGAACCAUGCUGUGGCUGUCAGUGACGCCUGUUUCCUGGAGAACAGAGCCCAGAGGGUCAACAUUUUCCCUGCUUGCUUUUAUGGAAACAUUUCUGCCCUGGAUACCAUCCUAGGAAUUUCCAGAGAGAAGACAGAAUGUGUACUUGGGCAACAUCCACCACCAGUGUCUUACUGCAAAGCUGAGCAAGAUAACUUGUUGGUGCACCAACCAGAUGAGCCAGAGAACCCCAAGGUUCUGAGAGUUGCUAUCAUUGGAGCACCAAAUGCUGGGAAAUCUACCCUCUCGAAUAAACUCUUGGGCAGAAAGGUUUUCCCAAUAUCUAAGAAGGUGCACACCACACGAUGCAAUGCCCGUGGGGUCAUCACAGAAGAAGACACUCAGCUGAUCAUCCUGGACACACCUGGCCUCAUCAGCCCCAUGAAAGCCAAAAGGCAUAAUCUGGAGAAAUCCCUGAUACAUGAUCCAUGGGACAGCAUGAAACAUGCAGACUUAGUUCUGGUUUUGGUGGAUGUGUCAGAACGCUGGACACAGAACCGUCUGAGUCCCCAGGUGCUGCAGUGUCUUUCUCAGUUCCCACAGAUUCCCAGCAUCCUGGUCAUGAACAAGGUGGAUCUGCUGAAGAGAAAGGCACUUCUGCUGGACCUGGUCACUGAGCUCACAGAAGGAAUUGUAAAUGGAAAGAAACUGAAAGUGAAAUCUAUGUCUAAGAUGCAUUCAGACUCCACCAGAAACAAUCCCCUUCAAAGGAUCCAGACUUGUCUGUCUGAAAAUGCAUCCAAACAGUCUGGUUAUCUCCAGGAUGCCAGUGAAGUCCAGAGGGACUCUAGCUCAGAUACCAGUUGUAACAUGAGGGCAUCAAACUCUAAUCAUGUGUUAGAAGGCACAGAGAAAUUACAAAUUGCAAACCACCAGGUAUCUAGAGACUUAAAGAACAAGAAAGGCUGGCCACACUUCCAGGAGAUCUUCAUGCUAGCAGCUAUUAAUGGAGAGGCAGUAGAGACACUGAAGAAGUACCUUCUGAUGCAAGCCAAGCCAGGUCGAUGGGAGUACCACAGCAGGGUUUUGACAAGCCAGUCCCCCCAGGAGAUCUGUGAUGAUAUAAUUAGGGGGAAGCUACUGGAGUAUCUGCCACAAGAAGUGCCCUACACUGUGCUUCAGAAGACGGAGAUGUGGGAGGAAGGGCCGAGUGGGGAGCUCAUCAUCCUGCAGAACCUGCUGGUCCCAAAGGAGACCCAUGUGAAGAUGCUGAUUGGUGUGGGAGGCCAGCUGAUCAGCAAGAUUGCUCAGGAAGCUGGUGAGGACCUGAUGAACAUAUUUCUGUGCGACAUCCGCCUGAAGCUCUGUGUGAAGCUGAAGAAAUGAGCUGCUUGUUUAGAUUUACCAACUCUUGUUGUCUGACCGCUAAUGAAGAGAUGGACAUGCUGAAGAACAUGGAGCCACCCCUUUAUGGUGGGACUGAUGCCCGCUGGCAAUAUCAGGGCACUGAGAUUCCCCCUGGGCACAGUGAGGGAUGCUGAGUAAACCAAAGAACUAAAGUAGAAUGUUCUUUGGAGGGUCUGAACUGCAGUGAGUUUAAUGGUGGAACGUGGUGAAAUCUUCAGACGUUGACCCACCCCCAACAGAUUAUCCAGUGAGAACUUGGAGUGGAUGUUGUGGAACGAACACCCCCCGCACACACACAGUUUUAGUGCUGCAUUUACAGAGCCAUCUGUCUUUGCUUCCUCUACUGCUUCUUGGCUUUCGCGUCCUUUGGACUACUUGCCAUCUGUACUGCCAAAAGCAAACAACUGUGGCUGGAUGUUGUGCUGAAAAUUAUGAUUCUGCAAUGUCAGAAUAUGGGGUGGAGAGAGGAGGCGAGCAGAAAUUGAAUCUCUAAGGCCAGAGUCAUUUCUGAAGGGCUCAAACAGGUGCCACCUGCAUGCAUGUCCAGAUGCAUGCAUUGUAUUGCACCUCAGUGGGCAUGAGUGAUAUGAGCACUGGUCUGUCAAAUACUCUCCAGACCAUUAAUGUCCACUGUGAAGAAGUAACUCCAGUCUCCCUCAGGCAAGAGCUUAAAAUGCUUCUACAGUAAUUGGUGUUCUAGGAAAACUGCAGACUCAGCUAUGAGUAGGCUGAGUGAGUACUGUAAAGUGAAUGCUGCCUGUAUAGUGCUUGGGGGUCCUUUGGCCUGAAAGUGGCUUUGAAAAUAUAACUGUCCUUUAAAGUUCAAAAGGACCUGCUGUCUUCUGGCAAAGAAAAGGUUAUCGGGUGUAUUCCCCUCGUCUCAUGUCUUCAGUGCUGCAAGGCCAAGUAGCUGUACAACUAGAAAUGGUGGUGGUUCAGCUGAAAAGGCUGCACCAGCCCAGCUCACAUGCUGAUCUUCCCUGUGAUUGCAGCACCUCGUGCUGUCUGCCUGGUGCUUCUUCUGCAGGCUGUGGAAGACUAAUGAAUGAGGGAUCAUGGAAAUUGAGCAUUUAGGAGCCAGAUGUUUGCUGAUGGGGGCUGGAGCAGGGGAUGUUGCUUGCAAAUAGAGCCACUCAUUCCUUUUUAGUGUAACUGGGAUAGCAGGUGGGUAUUGCUGAGGGAAUCACUCUAUUGGUCAUAGUCAAAGAGGGACAUGUUGAUUAAGCAGUGGCUCCCAACUAGAGUGCACUGCAAUAGAGUGGUGCAUAAAUACUGUCUCCCUUCCCCUAAGCAGCUGGCACCCUGGCCUCUUUCCAUUCUCCUUUUUCCUAUUUUGCAAGCAUUUUUGUUGUCUUGUUUUCUCUCCCUUAUCCUUUUCUCUCACUCGCCAGAAGGCUGUGGGGGAGGGGCCAGGCUGCACAUGCUGCUGUGACUGAGCUGAGUAUCAGGAGAGCAGAGAAGGGGAGCGUGGGUCAGUUGGCUGCUGUCUGAAUAUGAAGCUCUGUAUACCUGAGGGGCUGCUGCAGGAAGCUGAGGGAAAGGGAAGUGCCUCCCAAGGAGCUGCCUGAUUUUAGAAGCAGCAAUUUGAGCAAAUUGCCAUGGGGUGGAAAGUGGAUCCAUUGAAAGGAUUUCUCUACUCCCAUUGCUCCUUAUCUCCUUUGCACUGCCCCAGGGGAUUCUAGGUGUGCCCCAGGUUGGAGAAGCAGGGAUGUCACAGGUCAGGCUUGAGGUUCAUUGCAGAGCUGGCAGGGACGUUCACCUUGACUGUAGCGGGUGACACAGGUCAGGACUGAACGCCGUGGAGAUUGAGAAGACUAAAAUCUGGGCUGCAUGGCAGUCUAUAGGCUUGUGUUGCCCUUGCAAUAGCUAUGUUGGUGUUGGCACGAACUGGCACAGCCUCUGGAGACAAAGAUGAGAUGAGCUGUUUACUGGCACCGAGAUGCAUUAACUGGCAUAUUAUAGAUAUGCAUCUAGAGCAGUGUUUCUCAAAUGUGGUCAUCAUGGCUGCAUGCGGCCACCAGGGAAUUUUCUUGCAGCCACAGCCUCCUGGGCGGGAAUGGGGGAGAAAGCAGUGGCCCCCUCCCCCAAGGCCGCCAGCAGUGGUUGGGUCCUGCCCACCUCCGGGGGAGACAAGCUGGAGGAGCAGGCAGCCAGUAAGUUCCCCACCUUCCCAGGGCUCGGGGGGGAAGGCUUCAGCCCUCGGGGGGGAAGACUCCAGUCACAGGGCUUCAGGCUCCGUUUCCCAGCUGUAUGGUGGAGGGCUCUGCCCCAAGGUCUCUCCCCGCUCCAGUGCACCUGGCCCCUGUUGCCUCCCUAUCCAUCUCCCCAUCCAGGGCUUAAUUUGUCCCCAGGCUUGCGGGGGCUGAGUAAGUCUGCUGUGAAAAGUGGUAUUUGUAUGUUUAAUACCACUUUUCACAGCAGACUUAGUAACUAGCAUGUCUUUUUUUUUAAUUAAAAAAAAAAAGGGGGGGGCAACCAAAAAAAAGCAAGACAGGAAAAAAUACAAGAACUUACCAAGCACUUUAUUUGUUUCUAUUCUGUUUAGGCCCAGUAAAGAAUAGAGACAACUGUACGUUUUUAUUGAGUCUAGGGAAAAAAUCCCAAAUAAAUUACAAUGAUUUGGACAUGUGUAUGUGCAUAUUUAUUUUUCCUAAAGUUAAUUAAAUAUUUAGGAAAAAUUGUCAGAGGCCACCAGCCAGACUUGGUGGCCUCACUCUGAGGCCACCAAAAAAAUUGUGAGAACCCCUGAUCUAGAUUCAUCAUUCCCCUGCCAUGUGGGUUUGCUAUCUAAAUCAGGUGUUUGACUCCCUUAUUCAGAUAACACUGUGGUUUGUGGAUCUCUCCAUGUUCCCAGAGCUAGGCUUGCUAAAGGAUCUUGCAUAUGGUAUGAGAUCUCUUGAGACAUCAAGCUACAUUUCCCAUUCUGUGUUGUUUACAAGCAGCCCUGAGUGAGGAGGCACUUAAGGUGCUGCCCAGGCAAUUAAAAUAAGGAUACCUUCAGGUGCCCUAGGAACUCCCGGCUCCUGUUUGGAACCCAAACCUCUCAUGAAAUCCAGUGCUGGCUUCUUCCUUUCUAGAGAAAAGGAGAUGCUUCGGUGGCACUGACAAAACCCACUGAGCCAUUAAAGAUUCUGCCAUGGAGAAGAUAAGAGCAUCUCUAAGCAACAGUGAGCUGCCUUCUGAUAGUAAGGGGAUAGCCUGACAUUUUUUCUCUCCAUGCAGGGGAUAUUUUGGUGCCCUGAAUGUUUCUAACUGAUGUUUAUAUUCCACUGACAAUAAAAUGAGGUCCCUGCUCAA